AUGGCGCACUCCUACGCCUUCCAGCAGCCUCUGCGACCCUCGGACUCGCCCUCGUCGUUUCCCAUCGACCAUGCCCUCCUCAACCCGCGCUUCGAGUCGUACAGGCUCGUCGAUGACGGCACCAACGGCGGCUCAGCACCCGUAUCAGUCGAGCCUCUACCACUGCCAAGCACUCCGCUGAGCCUACGACAGUCGUCCGACGGCAGGAUGCUCGGAUACAAGCAGGCAAAGGAACGCGCGCUCCACAGCUUCCUCGUCCCCGCUCGCCUCUCGAGUCCCGCCGACCCCGCCCGCCGUCAAGAGCCCGUCGCAGGCUACAUCGACGUCAACGGAUUCGUCAUCCUCCUCUGCCUCACCGCACCCGCUACGGGGAAGGCUGGCGGCGAGGGCAGGACCAAGCUCGUAGGCCACCCGGUCCACCGCAUCGAACUCGAUCCUCAACGAGGCGCUCUGGGCCAACCCAGCUCGCUUCCCUCCAUGCUCUCCCUCUCUCCAACCAGAUGGAUCGUCUCCGAUGGCAGUGGAAUGCUGUUCGAUGUCAGGAUCGAGCCCACAGAACAGCCGGGGGGACAAGUGCGAUGGGCAAGCAAGACGACAUCGACCUUGACCAUCAAGUCCGACGACGACGACGUCCCCAUCCCCUUCGGCCUCAUCACCGCCGAAGCUGAUGGCGAUGGCAUCCGUGUGCUGACUCAAAGCUGCCGUAGGGAGGUCCAGCCCGCCUCUACGCCGGCCACGCAACGAGGCGGCCUAGGAUUCGCAUCGGCCUCGGCGCCGGGCUCGUCAGCCACGCCAUCCGGAUCCUCAUCCAAGACCGUGUUUGACGUCCGGUGCAUCCUCCUCGACGGCGGCUCCGACCAGGAUGAGGCUGCUCUACCGGAAGGCGCUCAGAGCGGCCCGGAGGCCAUGCAAUCUCAUAAGAUCGCCUUCCGCCCCCGCAUGCCCCCGCACUACUCUUGGGCCCAGACGACCGACACGCUGACGGUCGCCUUCAGUCUCCCUGCCGACAUCGCCAAGGCCGACAUCCGAGUGCACUUCUCGCUUAAAGGCAUCAGCCUCUCUCUUGCCGAUGACCAGCCUCGCAUCGUCGAGCUCAGCGUCAAAGAGUCUGAGCCGCCCGCAGGUGCCACGCAAGCGGACGACAAGGUCACCGACGAUCCGCUCCAGCACGCCGCCGACCUCAUCCGCAGCGGACGCUACCUGUCCCGUGCACUCUGGGGCGACAUCGACCCUACGGGCAGCGUCUGGACAUGGGAGCGUGUCAUCGGCCACGCGGGCGUGCUCAAGGGCAACCCGAUGGGGGUGCUGACGCUCCAUCUCGAGAAAAAGCACGAGGGCACACGCUGGACCCAGGUCUUUGCCGACCGACGCCAGCCGCGGCCUAAAGCGGGCGGGAUCGCGACAGGCCGAUCGGAAUGGGAGCAUGUCUCGAAAAAGACCAAGCUGAGCUUCCGCGAGGCGCGCGAGAGGGCGGCCAAGGUGGCACGGGGCGAGACCGACGAGGUCGGCGAGGUGCAGGCGGAGGGUAUGGACGAGGACGAGAUGGAAGAGGAGGAGCAGGUCGUCGAACACGAAGCACUGCGCGAGCGCAACGACGAGAAGCGAGAGAUCGAGCAAGAGGACGACGACGAGGACGAUGAAGACGACGUGCCAGAGACGCUCGAUCCCUCGGAGCUCAUCAACAUGCUGGAAGGGAUGGAAAAGUACACGACCGACGAGGACCAGCUGGAGGUCGGUGGAGCCGGACCGGGUAUCGACAGGACGCAACUCGCCGACCAACCCAGCCUGCUGAGGGACGGCCUCGAGGAGGAAGAUGACAACGUCGGGCGCGCCCUCGUGCUCAGCUGGAUCAUCGAGGAUCAUCACGACACCCCGCACGGCGACCCCGUGGACAUCCGGGUCGACCGUCUGGACAGAGAUGCACAGGAGAAGCGCAUGCUCCUCGCACUGCCCAUGCCGACAGCCGAGGCGGUUGGAUCCGCUGCGCCCGAGGCGAUCGCAGUCAAGAACGAUCUCGACGGCGCAGUCUUUGCCCCUCCCCCCGCCAGCAAAGGCCCCGCUCCGUGGCAGCACGUUGACACGCUGCCGGCCCUCGCAUUCGUGCUGGCAUCGAAGAGGGACGCCCACCGCGUCUUUGUCCGCCACGAUCGCGUUGGCCGGUCAAGGGCCCUCGGCGGGCACCUCUAUUGUUCUGCGGCACUGGCCUUUGAGAGCGCGCCCCAGAUCGGUCUCGAUGCAGCCGCCGCAGCGGGCCACGAGGUGGUGGGCGAUGCGGGCAACCUGUUCGUCUACUACUCGUCGACGCCGGCCGAGGGCGCGGAGAGGAAGCACGGCAAGUCGAGGGUGAUCCGCCUCGGCGGUGGACAGCAAGCUUCGGGAGCGCUCCUCGGCGUCGUGGCGGUGCCGACCAUCGGUGGCGAAGGGGAUCAGGGCCAGGGCGAGGAUAUCCUGUGCCUCUGCGAGAGGAGCCUGCUCGUCGUCCGCAACGUGCUCUGA